UUCCUUCUCCAAUGGCACCCUCAUCAUCAUCCGAACCUUCUUCUCCCCUGUCACCCUCAUCAUCUUCAUCAUCCUCCUGGACAUCAUUCUCCACCCCCUCUUCUCCCAUGUCACCAUCACCACCACCAUUAUCAUCAUCUGAGUCUUCUUCUCCCAUGUCACCUUUGUCAGCUAAUAACCAUAAUGAUUCUUCAAAUUAUAUCAUUUAUCAUCCAGACAAGUUAACGUUGUAUGAUAUAUUUAAAAUGCUAGUAUUGCAGACAAGCUUAGGGGGUUGUGAGUCUGUUGAUGAGUUCGUGGAGUGUCCCAGCAAUUUCGAUCGAAAGCAGUUGAACGCGACCCGGUUCAAUGUUUUAGUGUGGAUGCUCCAGAAGGUGAUGAUACGCAUCAGAAAACCACUAAAACUAGUGGGUUCUUUGGUGGAGUUCACCUUGAAUUUGGUUUCUAUUAAUGGUGGCCUUUUACGAUUGGUUUCAAACAUUUUCUCAUGGUCAGUUGAGAUUCCGAACAAAGAUACAGCAGAUUUUCAGUCAGCAAUUGCAUUCGUAGAUGGAAGGAAGGAUCUGUACAAAGCCUCUUCCCUCCAUAGAUCUCACCCGGCGGCGGAGGUAUUGGACAUGGACGAUAUUAAUAAGAUCAACACUGAAGAUCUCUGCAUAAUGGCAGCAAAGGUAGCCUACGAGAAUCGAGAAUACGUGCACAACGUGGUCACCCAGCAAUGGAAGAUGCAUUUUGAAGAAUUUUAUGGGUUCCAUAAUCGUGACGAUAUUCUGAAGGAGAGUGACACCCAAGCUUUCAUUUUCUGCGACAGGCCCGAGAAAGCUCGAUUGAUAGUAGUAGCAUUUCGUGGCACAGAGAUAGCCAAUGGUACAGAUUGGUUAACUGACCUGGACAUCUCAUGGAUCUCUGUAGGUGAAGAAAUUGGAAGAGUUCAUGUAGGAUUCAUGAGAGCCCUUGGGCUUCAAGGCAAAGGGUGCAGAAUUCGGCCAAAGGUGUACAAAGGAAAGAAACCUUUGGCAUACUACACCAUAAGAGAAAGGCUGGAGACGUUGCUGAAGCAAAACGAGAAUGCCAAGAUAUUAGUAACAGGACAUAGCUUAGGUGGUGCACUGGCAAUCCUGUUUGUUGCUGGGCUUGUGUAUCACAAGGAAGAUGCCUUACUGAACAAUCUGUGGCGUGUCUACACAUUUGGGCAGCCCAGGGUUGGAGAUGACAACUUCGGGAGGUUCAUGGAUGCAAAGCUAAAUGGGGAUCAGAAGAGGUAUUUCAGGGUUGUUUAUGGGUACGAUAUCGUUCCUAGGUUGCCUUUCAGUCGCCCCAUCACAGAAUUUGUUCACUUUGGAGAAUGCCUCUACUAUAGCAGCUGGUACAAGGCACAGGUAUUGAAAGAGGAACCAAAUGAGAAUUACUGUAGUCCCUGGUUCUUUAUUCCCAUGCACUUCAAUGCCUGGCUGGACCUGGUCAGAGCAAUAUUUGUCGGCAUUAAAGAAGGGAAAAGUUUUGAGGAGAGUCCCCUCUCUCUGUGUCUUAGGGCUUUGGGGCUCCUGAUUCCUGGUUUGAGUUCCCAUAGUCCAAGAGACUAUAUUAAUGGGGCAAGGCUACGAGUAAAUGAAUUGCCCAAUUAGAAGAAAGAUGAUGAUGAGGA